UUAGAAAAUAAACAAUUAUUUCCUUGCCUCUUUUAAUUUGAAGUUCUUUAACGGACAUCCCGUACUCCGCCACUUUGAACAUUGCUAAAGUAAACGCUGUACGUUUCACGAUGGAACACACGGUAUUCCUCUUUCUGCUGAUCCUUCAAUAUAUUGUUGGACAGUUAGGCUCAUCUGACCAUAUCCAUGAAGAUCAUUACAUCGGGGAACAGCACAACCCUGACCAUGACAUGGCUGUUCUGCUAGGAGAGGAGAGCACCAGGGAAACAAAAGAACUCAGCCAAGCAGAGCAGAGAAAGAAGAUGAUGGCAGUUGUAGAGAAGAUUGACACAAACCGGGAUAAUCUACUAAGUGGAGAGGAGAUCACUCUGUGGAUUCAGCAUGUCUACAAACAAUACGCUAUAGAAGAUGCAGGAGAGCGGUUCACCCAGUUUGAUACUAACAUUGACGGUGUUGUUACCUGGGAGGAGUACAGCUCUCUUAGUCAUGAGGAACUCAUCCCUUUUGAUAAUGACACUGUACUGGAGGACCCAGAGCAAGAGUCUCUUAGACAACUUGUCUUAAAGGAAAAGAGGCGCUUUUAUUUUGCCGACAUGGACGACACACCCGGCCUCAACGCGACUGAGUUUCUUGCCUUCACUCACGCAUUUGAAGUGGAUUACAUGGCAGACUUUGCCGUUGAAGAUGUACUGAAUGAAUAUGAUGCAGAUAAAGACGGAUUUAUCACCCUGGCGGAAUUUAUUGGAACCGUGCACAACGAAGGAGAGUCCCCGACACAGUGGGAGAUUGAAGAAUCUGUACGAUUUAAAGAUCUGUACGACCAAGAUCAGAACGGCAAACUGGAUCGAGAAGAACAGCUGCGCUGGGUUGCGCCUAAUAGCUACGGUUCAGCAAGAGAGGAAGCACUUCAUCUCAUCAAAGAAAUGGACCAGGAUGGAGAUGGGCAGCUUUCAGUGACAGAAGUUUUGCAAAACCAAGAAAUAUUCAUUAACAGUGAAGUUACAGACUAUGGCAGACACCUCCAGUUGUCACAUGAUGAAUUAUAACCAUUAUUUAUAACUGCA